GUACUACACUAUACGUUUGGAACACUGUCCUGAAACGUUUAGAGUCGCCUGUCUGUAACAGAAGUCACUGCGAAGAAAGGCACAAAGUUGGCGUGUAAAAGGGUUACGAAAAGAACCAAGUUCAUGGCCGGGCAUGGCUGAUCACGAACCUGUAAGGCUGUAAGCCUGUAUGUAACCCAUAGCCAAAGAAAGGCAUCCAUGUCAAACUGAAGCUGCAGAAGAACAGUCAUCUUGCUCCGGCAUCACGCAACAGCAUAGCCUGAUAUGGUGGUCAUGGCACCGCUGCUCUGCCCCAGCUCUCCCCCUCUUUAAAAAUUGCAAGCUGCAAGCCAUUCUCUCACAAGUAGUGUCACUCUGCUGGUGAUAGUCAGUACUGUAGUACGUAGUAGCCAGUAGGUGGCAACAGCCAAGCUAGCCACGAUGACACGCUGCACCGUCUUGCUCCAGAUCCUCCUCCCAACGCUGCUCUUGGUUUCUGCCAUCACAUUCACAGGCGCGGACGCCGGCGGCAUCGGCGUCAACUACGGCACGCGGGGCACGACGCUCCCGGCGCCAACCGACGUGGCGCGGUUCCUGGCCCGGGACACCAUCGUGGACCGCGUCAGGCUGUUGGACGCCGACCCGGUCCUGCUGCAGGCCUUCGCCGGCACCGGCCUCGCCGUGGACGUGACGGUUCCCAACGGCGUGGUCCCGCGCCUGGUGAGCCUGGCCUUCGCGCGGCGCUGGGUGCGCGACAACGUGGCGCCGUACGCGGGCGCCACCAACAUCUCGCGGCUCCUGGUCGGCGACGAGGUGACCACCGAGGCCAACCGGACGCUGCUGCUGGCGCUGGUGCCGGCCAUGCAGAACCUGCACACCGCGCUGGUCGCCGCGUCCCUGCACGGCCGGGUCAAGGUCUCCACCACGCACUCGCUCGGGGUGCUCACCACCACGGAGCAGCCGUCGUCGGCGCGGUUCCGCGACGGCUACGACACGGCCAUCGUGAGGCCGAUGCUCAGGUUCCUCCGCGCGACGGGCGCGCCGUUCAUGGUGAACGCGUACCCGUUCUACGGGCUCACCAACGACACCAUUAGCCUCGACUUCGCGCUGUUCCGGGUGAACGACGGUGUCAUGGACCGGGGAUCCGGGCUGGUGUACGGCAACAUGCUGGACGCGCAGCUCGACGCCGUGCACUCGGCGGUCAGGCGGCUGGGCUUCGGGGACGUCGACAUCGUCGUGUCGGAGACCGGGUGGCCGUCGGCCGGGGAGGACUGGGAGGUCGGCGUCGGCGCCGACCUCGCCCGGGAGUACAACAAGAACGCCAUCCGGCACCUCGGCUCCGGCGUCGGCACGCCGCUCAUGCCCAACCGCACCUUCGAGGUCUCCAUCUUCUCCCUCUUCGACGAGAACCUCAAGCCCGGCCCGGUGUCGGAGAGGAACUUCGGCCUGUUCCGCGGCGACAUGACGCCGGUCUACGACGUCGGCAUCUUUACAGAUCCGGAGACCCUUGAGCCGGUGAGCGCGAAGGUGACGCCCGCGCCGAGCUCGCCGGGAGCGGCGGGUGGACGGCGGCAGUGGUGCGUGCCGAAACCGGCGGCGGACGAGAUGGUGCUGCAGGAGAACAUCGACUUCGCGUGCGGCCAAGAGGGCGUCGACUGUGCCGCGAUCCGGCCAGGCGGCGUCUGCUACGAGCCGGACACGGUGCAGGGCCAUGCGGCGUACGCCAUGAACCUCUACUUCCAGUCCAACGGCCACCAUGCCUAUGACUGUGACUUUGGACAGACCGGCGUCGUUACCACUGCUGAUCCCAGUUAUGGAGGCUGCAAAUUCAUGUGAACAUAACUGAAGGACACACAGUCUUACAAUAAGCUCGUUAGUUUUUUUUUGUCUUAUAUGUUUGAUUUGAAUAUUUGAUGUGUAUUAUGGUGAGCUAGUUAUAGCGGUAGGUUUAACAAAUACAAAUUAUUAGUCAAAAAGAAUAUACCCACGAGGCCACGACUAGUGGCGGUGGGCCGCGACCGUAUACUAAUUAAGCGAACGUUCACUGGAUCAUUGUUCAUCGAACGUUCGGACAUCCUCUUCCAUUUUUAUUAGUUGAUGUCACCGUGAACUGUUCA